AUGUCGGAAUAAUAAUGUCAAAUGUCAUUUUCAAACUAGUCAUAGCAUUGGCGUAAUUGUCUCCCUUGAAAACAACUUAUCAAGUGUAUCGAUUAGCCGUUAUCAGUCAAUUUACGCCUAUUGAAGUAUAGAGGGAGACAAUCUUUAAAUCUCAUAUUUUGAAAUGUGCGCGCACGUAAAGCAGAAUUUCGGCCCAAAUUGCACACCAUAGAUUUCUGACGCCAAUAACGUCAGUGACGUGCGCCGUUCGCCGAUUCCAUUUCUUCUAAAGAAGUAUGAAUUUUAUUUUUACGACAUUUUCUAAAAUAAUGAUAUUGGAUCAAUGUAUUUGAUAUGAAAUUUAUUGUUUUCUUUUUUAAACACGUUUUCUGACGCUAGCGACUUUACUUCUUGAUCAACCCUCGUAUGAGCGAGUAACUUAAAUAAAUGCCAUACAUUUAUACAUUCGUACUUUUGAGACUUUUUAAAAAAUCGGUUUAUCUAGUCAAAUGAAUUAAAUAAUGUGACUGUAAAAACGUUAUUGUUUUUAUUUUGACAUGUCCUUACCAGUAGAACGUAAAUAGCCGAAAGAUUUAACGUGUCAUUUGUGUGAUUAAAAAUAUAUAGGCAAAAUAGUGAGUGUUGCGUUAGAUAAUAUUUGAAGUGUAUAUCAAGCUUGCAGAUAAUUUUAUCUUUAACUUGCAAUAAUCUAAAUCAGAUCACGAAAAGAAAAGAUUUUUAUUAGUUUUACAAUAAUAUGCCGGUUAUGAAAACAAAGUGACAUGCAUAUCAGAUCAUGAGCCUGUGAAACCUACAUAUAUGUCAUAUAAUAUGCAUUCGGGCGAGUCGGUAAUUCAUCAUCGAGAGUUUUUUGUCAUUAAAUUGUUGAAUAUCUAAUUAAUUAAGUCAUAUGAAUUAAAGUCAUUUCAUUCAAACAUUGGCUGUAAAUGUGUAUUGUUUAUAUGUUGUGUUAACAUGUCGCGUCAGGUAUUAAUAUUCGCUGUCGGAAUAUGUCAUUUGUGUGGUUUUGUGUUAAGUGAUUUUCCAUUCAGAAAUAUUUCUCUGCCAUGGAAUAAACGUGUUGAUGACCUGGUCAGUCGCUUGACCCUGCCGGAUGUCAUGUUUCAGAUGGCAAAGGGGGGCACCUCUACUCAUGGAGGACCUGCUCCGGCGAUCCCGCGUCUAGGCAUCGGUCCUUUUGCGUGGAACACAGAGUGUCUACGUGGUGACUCAGACGCCGGGGAAGCGACAGGUUUCCCCCAAGCUAUAGGUCUUGCAGCGGCAUUCAAUCCGCAACUUAUGUUCAACAUAGCAGAAGCCACGGGUAUUGAGGUUAGAGCGAAGCAUAAUGACUAUGUUAAGAAGAAACAGUACGGCGAUCACAAAGGACUGGCUUGCUUUAGUCCUGUAAUCAACAUAAUGAGGCAUCCCCUGUGGGGUCGAAAUCAGGAAACAUAUGGAGAAGACCCUUAUCUUAGUGGUGUAUAUGCGAGAUAUUUUGUGAAAGGAUUACAAGGUAAUCAUAUACGAUAUGUUAGAGCUAGUGCUGGGUGCAAGCACUUCGACGUCCACGGAGGUCCAGAAAAUAUACCCGUGUCUCGGUUCUCCUUCGAUGCAAAGGUCAGUGCGCGCGACUGGCAUCUGACAUUUCUACCGGCAUUCAGGCAAUGUGUCGCUGCAGGAACAUACAGUCUAAUGUGCAGUUUUAACAAGAUAAACGGCAUUCCUGCUUGUGCUAAUAAAGAACUGCUUACCAAUAUAUUGCGGAAGAAAUGGGGAUUUUCUGGGUACGUCAUCAGUGAUGAAGAAGCAGUGGAAAACAUUGUAUUAUUCCAUCAUUAUGCAAACAAUAGCAUGGAAGCUACCAUUGAUGUUAUAACUGCAGGUCUCAACUUAGAAUUAACCACUAACAGGAAGGAUCCUUACUUUUUCGCCAUAACUAAAGCAGUUCAACAGGGCAAGUUGUCAGAGACACUAGUAAGAGAUCGAGUGAAGCCUCUUUUCUACACACGCAUGCGCCUUGGAGAGUUUGAUCCACCAGAAAUGAACCCAUAUUUACAGUAUAAUCUGUCACUGGUACAGAGCCCUGCUCACAGACAACUUGCUGUCAAAGCUGCCAUGCAGACAUUUGUGCUCCUGAAAAAUGAUCAAAAGCUGUUACCGAUAAAGAAACAUUUCAAUAAAAUAGCGAUAAUUGGUCCCAUGGCUGACAAUCUAGAACAGAUAUAUGGGGACUACGCUGCCGACGUUGACCCCAAAUACGCCAAAACCCCUCUGCAAGGUCUACGCGGUAUGGCAGAUACAGUGAAGUACGCUGCGGGUUGUCCUGAUAAUAGAUGUACUAACUAUACAGCUGGUGACAUCAAAAAAGCCGUUAAUGACGUGCAGUUUGUGGUUAUAUGUGUUGGAACUGGUCAAGAACUGGAAGCGGAGGCAAAUGACAGAAAGGACAUGAAUCUUGCCGGAAACCAAGCACAGCUCAUUAAGGACGCUGUAGAGACAGCAACUGGAAGUCCGAUUCUCCUACUUAUAUUCAGCGCUGGGCCUGUAAACAUAAGUUUUGUCGACAGAGACCCACGUGUGGAGGCCAUUAUGCAAUGUUUCUUUCCUGCUCAAGCGACAGGGGAAGCUUUGUAUAAUACUAUAACCAUGGCAACAGAAGAUGCUAGUCCUGCAGGACGACUCCCUUAUACUUGGUACGAGACUGCAGAUCAGAUUCCUUCAAUGACGGAUUACACAAUGACAGGAAAAACUUACAGAUAUUUCAAUGGGUCACCUCUUUAUCCCUUUGGUUAUGGUCUGUCAUACACGAGCUUUGAUUAUCUCAACAUAACUCUAAUACAGAGAAUAGCGGCUGGAGAUGACCAGUAUAUAUAUGGGCAGUUAAUGAACACAGGACAAUUUGAUGCUUAUGAGGUUAUCCAGGUUUACAUGUCAUGGUUGUCAACGAAUGAAACAAUGCCAAACAAACAGUUAGCUGGCUUUCAAAAGUUAUAUAUCCAAUCCGGUACCUCACAAGAGUUCCAGUUUGUGAUAACAUCAGAGCAAAUGGCUGUAUGGACAGACGCUGGCUUUGUAGUACAUCCAGGUAAGAUGGCAGUUUACGUAGGGGGACAACAGCCAAAUCAGAAGAAAACAGUAGGCUCAAACGUUUUGAAAGCACACUUUGAAAUUGUCAGACAAAAGCAUUUUGGGAUACUUUAGUAGAUGGUCAAACAGCAUGAACCCCAUGAACAUCAAAUUCAUUGUUUUUGUAAAAUGACUCCGGUCGGAGUAGUCUUUAAAGACCGUCAUAACGCAUUUGUUUAUAAUGUAGCUACCACAGUUGUUUUAGCAUCAUGAAGUAUUGUAAUUACUUGCUAAAUCCUAUUUUCAAUAAUUGUUUUUCAAAUAUUUGUCGAGGUUCUAUAUACUGAUUAACAUGGAAGAAAGAUUUAUUUAAUAUACUUUUUCUUCUAUUACCUCCCUCUAUGACUUUAACUGUAAAACAAUCAUGUGCAGUAUUAACAGUAGUCCUUCUUUAACCGUGUAGUUAUGCACAACAUCUAUCUGGAUUGUUGUUUCAUCUUUUUUUAACAUAAAUUGUAAAGCCUUAUAGGACUUUAAAAAAGUAUGAAUAUAAAUAAACAUACAAUCUCCAUUUCCUGUAUUCAGUCAUGCGAGCUUGAAAAAUGAUAUUUUUUGCAAUUGCUUAACGUAUAAUUGUAUUAUAAAAUAAUUGUAAGAUAUUCGUAUAAUUCGUUUAAUUGCUUUUCAUUCCUUUCUUCAAAAACCCGCCCGCUUAGCUCAGGAGGUAGAGCGUCGGUCUACGGAUCGCGGGGUCGCGAGUUCGAUCCUCGGGCGGGGUGUAUGUUCUCCGUAACUAUUUGAUAAACGACAUUGUGUCUGAAAUCAUUAGUCUUCCACCUCUGAUUCAUGUGGGGAAGUUGGUAGUUACUUGCGGAGAACAGGUUUGUUCUGGUUAGGUUAACUGCCCGCCGUUACAUGACUGAAAUACUGUUGAAAAAACGGCGUAAAACCCAAAACAAACAAACAAAUCCACAGCCAUCAAAUUUACCUAAUGGCAAUGUAAUUUUCAGCUGUAUACAACGAAGAAAGAUAAAUUAUCAGUAAACUUGAUUGCUUAUAAAUUCUUAAAAUUGUUGCAUGCUUCAUAUUGUUUCCAUCCUUGUUCAGCUGUUUAUAACGAAGAUUGCUUAAAAAGUCUUAAAAUUGUUACAUGCUUCAUAUUGUUUCUAUCAUUUAACGCAUGUUUUAUCGGAUAAAUGUUUUACCUGUAGUCACCUUCUGUAAUUGUUUAUCAUCGUUUUCUCAAACUAAAAAGGAAUAAAUGAAAAUGUAGAAAAUAUUGCUGUUAACCCAU